AUGGUGCCCGUUAAAGAUAUCGCCGACAUCGGCAGCACGCCCUAUUCCGUCGUCCGUCCUCUCCUCCUCAAGAUCGACAGUGCCGCCCACCUGCGGCAGCUGGAGAUAGCGUCGCCGCAUCUCGAGGGCGACGAUGCCGAGUGCUGGAAGCGACUCAUCGACCGCAACUUCCCCACACUCUCCAGGAAGAUGAACUACAAGCCAAGCAAUCCGACCUCGUGGUAUAAGAUCUACGCCAAGUACCAGCGCAUGGAGGCCGACAUGAAGCGGGAGGCCGAGGAGAAGCUAAAGAGCGCCUUCAAAACCAUCAACAAAGAAAAGGCCGAGAACGUCAGCACCCUCGUCGACUACGACCGCAGAAAACUGCCGCGCACCCCGCAGGAUCUGAAGGGACAGGCCGGCGCGCGCAGCAAGGCCAACGGCAGACGAGGCGGCCCCAACGACACGAGCGGAUUGCGGUUCACCGGCGGUUCCCGCACCAAGCUCACCACCGGCAAAAGCAUCAUCCAGAAGGCGCGGCGCGAGGCCAAGGAGAUCACCGCGCGGAACCGACUCAACACACCCGGCGGCGAGCUGGCAUCCCGGAGUAGUCAGAUGAUGAAAGCGCCCCCGGGCCGGGUACAGGAGAUGAUCAACAAAUCGCGGCCGGCAGGGGGCGUCCGACCGCCGGCGCCGCGUCCGCACCACGAGACUAUGAGUCGCGAGCUGCAGGAACGUGAGGCCCGGCUACGCAAGAUGAAGAAGGCGAACGACAAGGAUGACAAGGCCAACGUCAUCGACGACGACGAGCUCGAGGGUGAAGCCGAUCUCGGCGGCGACGACGAGCUGGAUGGAGGCGCCGUUGGUGGUGGGCUCAGCGUCGACGAUCUGGAGGGCCUCUUUGAUGAUGACGGCGAGGAGGAGGAAAAGCCGAAGUCCUCGCCCCCGGCACGAAAUUCGUCCAUGAAGACGGGCAUCCUAUCGCGUAAGCUGCCGUCUUCGCUGGCGGCACCGCCUGCCGCCAGGAGAGUCGUCCCUGCAUCUCCUGCGAAGCCCGCUGCUCAGCCCUCGUCGUCCGCAAGACCUGUGGCCCCGUCCAUGUCGCCUCCACAACCACUUGGCCCGUCCAGCCCUCCUGCUGGUUCGCCCCCGUCUUCGAGCGCCGAGGCGAAUCCGAGACCGCCGAUGCCGCGCAAGAGGAAGCCCGUUGAUAUUUUCAUGCGGCCGAGGCCCAAGGUCCAGCGCCGGCAGUAG